AUGGCUACUGAUAACGCUAGUUUUAAUGAGGCUGCUAAAGCUUUUGGAGAGCUUGCUUCUAGUGGGAAACUUAGUAAUGAAGAGAAAUUAGAAGGUUAUGGUUUAUUCAAACAAGCUACCAUAGGUGAUAAUACUACAGAGUAG